AUGAGAGUUGCCGAAUUGAUUAAUGACUACCGAACGCUUCAACUUCAUAUCUCGCAGCAAUUGGCUUCUGUGUCAAUGGGGAAUGUGCAACUGGAAGGAUAUCGUGUUCUCGCACAAAGCUCAGCGGCAGCACAGCGUCUGUUGGCAACGGGGUUUACGAGUAUGCCGAUUGAAGAUCAGGGGAGCGAUCCGGAGAUGGAAAAGGCUCAAUUGCGCCAGGUCAUCCUCGACGCAAGCGUCCGUCGAUUCCAAGCUCACAAGAUCUAUCUCCGUGUUGCAGCUGCGAAAAGAUGGGUCAUCAACCGCAAUGAGCUCCUUGCACGGUCAUCCAAGGCUAAUUCUCAAGUACGAGAGGUCGAUCAAUUACUACGCCAAGAACUCGACAGUAUCACUGAUCACACGAUCUUCUCCGAUCUUCGACAAGCGGACUCGAGAGCUGGUCUCUGGGUGUCUGAAGAUCCUCCGCUGGCGGCGAUUCAACUUUGGAUCAACAACUCUCGAAACUAA